GACACAAUGGAAAAGACUAUGAAGCGAAAAGUGAGCUAUUAAUCCAGCUACUAUCAGUGCAGAAUGACUACAUCAGCAGCACUCAGCCCACCAUGAAAGAUCACUGCUCCUCUAUCUGCACCAAUCCCGCCGGACCACCUUUUCGGGCCAAGCAGCAGAGGCUGGAUCCUGAAUACGUAUCCGUGUGUCUCUUACCAGAUGAAUCCUACCAGAAGCUGGCCGUGGAGACCAUGGAGGAGCUAGACUGGUGCCUGGACCAGCUGGAGACCAUCCAGACGUACCGCUCCGUCAGUGACAUGGCCUCCAACAAGUUCAAGAGGAUGUUGAAUCGGGAACUGACACAUCUGUCUGAGAUGAGUCGCUCUGGAAACCAGGUGUCUGAGUUCAUCUCCAACACAUUCUUAGAUAAACAGAAUGAACUGGAGAUCCCAUCGCCCACUCCAAAAUCGCGGGACAGAAAGAGGAGGCAGCAGCAGCUGAUGACUCAGAUCAGCGGGGUGAGGAAGGUCACGGACGGCCCUGGUUUGCCCAGCAGCUGCAGUACGGCCCGCUUCGGCGUGAAAACAGAUUUGGAGGACUUGCUCUCAAAGGACCUGGAGGACAUUAACAAGUGGGGUCUGAACAUCUUUAAAGUUUCAGAGCACUCUCACCAUCGACCGCUGACCUGCAUCAUGUACGCCAUCUUUCAGGAGAGAGAUUUAAUGAAGACAUUUAGGAUCCCAGUGGAGACCUUUGUAACGUACAUGAUGACCCUUGAAGAUCACUACCACGCAGACGUAGCCUAUCACAACAGUCUACACGCGGCUGAUGUGGCCCAGUCCACACACAUCCUGCUUUCCACACCUGCACUGGAUGAGGUCUUUACAGACCUGGAGGUCCUUGCCGCUAUCUUUGCAGCAGCCAUCCAUGACGUGGACCACCCAGGGGUCUCAAACCAGUUCCUAAUUAAUACCAACUCCGAGCUGGCGCUCAUGUACAAUGAUGAGUCUGUUCUGGAGAACCAUCACCUAGCGGUUGGUUUCAAGCUCUUGCAAGGGGAAAACUGUGAUAUCUUCCAAAACCUCUCCAAGAAGCAGCGACAGACUCUCAGGAAAAUGGUCAUUGAUAUGGUACUAGCAACAGACAUGUCCAAGCACAUGAGCUUACUGGCUGACUUGAAGACAAUGGUCGAGACCAAGAAGGUGACCAGUUCAGGAGUGUUGCUACUUGACAACUAUACAGACAGGAUACAGGUGUUACGAAAUAUGGUUCACUGUGCCGAUCUCAGCAAUCCCACCAAGCCAUUAGAUCUGUAUCGGCAAUGGACGGACCGCAUUAUGGAAGAGUUCUUUCACCAGGGUGACCGAGAGAGAGAGCGAGGCAUGGAGAUCAGCCCGAUGUGUGACAAACACACUGCUUCAGUGGAGAAGUCUCAGGUUGGUUUUAUUGAUUACAUCGUGCAUCCACUAUGGGAGACCUGGGCGGACCUGGUGCAUCCAGAUGCGCAGGAUAUCUUGGACACUUUAGAAGAGAACAGGAACUGGUACCACAGCAUGAUACCACAGAGUCCCUCCCCUCCCUUCUUUGAAACGGGAACUGAUGGUGGAGACAAGUUUCAGUUCGAGUUGGAGGUUGAGGAAGGAGCCAAGCAGGAUACCGAGGACCUGUUAGAAACAGACUGUGUAGAGAUAGUGACGCAUUUGCCUUCAUCCGUCGAGACGUAGCACCUCACUACAAUGGCUGUCAUGUUGGCCAAAUUUGAUGACCGAGCAAAGUGGAGGAACGUUAUUCUCCUGCUACCUGAGAAUCCCUCAGAAUACCACUGUGUUUUUGGGACUCUGCCGUUGUUUCAGAGCCAAAAAAGGGAGUGAGCCUACACAAUCUAGUUGGAAUUUGCAAGAAUCCAUUCAAGUUGGACAUUGCCAGAAUGGACAGACGGGCAGCCGUACCAAAAGUGCCAUAAGCUGGAUUUUCUUAAUCAGACAUUACAGUCUGAUCUGAAUGUUGGAGUGGGUUUCUGUGAAGGAGAAAUGCUGACCCUCUUAUAAGAGGGGUUUGUACUACAUUGUCAAAGUUACUUUUUUGUAAAAAAAAAAAACAACAACAACAAAAAACUAC